AUGUAUAUUUCAUCAAAAAAGAGUUGGUAUAUUUUAUCAAUAGGUUUACUAUCAACAAUAGUUUUAAUAUUUAUACUUCUUAGAUACACUAAUAUUUUUGGACCGUACUUUAAUACGUUUAAAAAAAUAUCUUUGAAAGAUACUGUAUUAGAUAAAUUUGAUACUGAUAUUGCGUUUAAAGUAUACUCAGAAAGAUUUUUUACACCCUUAAAUGAAAAAGAAGAUUUCGUGUUUAUAGCUAAAGUUAUGUAUUGUGUCUCUAGAAUACCAAGAGAUGUACUAGAAAAGUAUUAUUUUGAUGUUUUUACUGAGCGUUUCAAGUCAAAAGCAAAGAAAAUUUCUCCCGAAGAAUUAAAAAAAGACGUAAAUGAGUACGUUUACCAUGUUCAAGAUGCUUUAAGGUCUGUUUUUUCCACCCAUUACACAGAUGAAACAUUUUUUGAUUCUGUUGUAUACAUUAUGAUUUCAACGUACUUGCCUAAAAAUUUAAACGUCGAGCUUGUUAGAAUUGUUCAAAAAUUUAUCGGUCAUCUAGAUACAAGUUUGAACACCCUUUUAGAAGAUGAUUUAAAAAGUAAAUUGAUCGAAAAGAAAUCAGAAAAGAAUUUACCAAUGUUAUCAUGCUUAGAUAAAUAUUUAAUUAGGACAAUAAUUUCAGACGUUGAAUAA